UUUAUACUCACAAAAGGUAUUAGGCAAUCAAAUGUCUAAGCUGUUAGCUAGCUAACUAAGUAAAAUAAAGAUAAAUAUGCGAUAUGAAUAAUGCAUAGACUACCCGUCGAGUGCGUAAACUAACGACACAACACGCAUAACGUUGGACACCUCGGAGUAUACCCGUUUCUUCUUACCUCCUUGUUGUGCUUGGUAAUUUUGCUUUCUACCAAGCAUGUCGUAUCCACCCUUCGCAGCGAUGUAAAAAAGCAACACGAAGUUAAGAAAACAAAUUAAGUACCACAACUAGACUGUAAUGGUACGUUAUACACAAGUUUGUACCGAACUGUUCUGUUAUUGGAUAUGACAUAUAUUUAUUAAAAUAGGUCGAACAAAAACGAAUUCCGUAAAACGUUUUGGCACGUCUCAGGAUGUAUGAAGGAGAAAGAAGGAUUUCUAACGAGAUAUCAAGGAGGACGGAGGACGCGCUCGAUCAUCCUAUUCCGUAAUUUAGAUGUUGUUAGGCUGUUUUCCUCCCCGCUCAUGGAGACAAACUCAUUUAUGAAGCCUAAGACACCAAGUCACAGUUUGCGCGGCCUGUGGCAAACCUCUUGGGAAUCGAAGUUAAUAAAUGACUGUGGUACGUGCAUACACCCGCUAUUAUUUGGCAUAAUAUGCUUAUUUAUGUUUUUAUUAUUUAUCGAUUGUAAUGAUAAUAUACUGAUUAAAAAAGAUUAUUAUUAUAAUCAAGUAUUUUUCAGGUUUUCAUACUCAGUUGCAAUGCAUCUGGUGAGUUUCGAUGCCCCCAAAUAGCCCUACCCCGAAAAUAAAACUGGUGAAGUAACUGGCUGUGGAAAACCUUGGAACUUAUAUUUGAAUUUCAUUUUAAGUAACAUGGAUUGCACAGCAAAAAGAAAUGAUCCGGGCAUUGGCGGUUUGUUGUGUUAUUGACUUGGCAGCGGGCUUCUCAAAAGUCCCCAAAAUUCCGACUUAUUACUGUUAUAAUGUAUGAUAAAAUAUUCCCCACCAUUUUGUUGAUUGAGAUAAAUAAAUUAAUUAAUCAUGAGGAAAUUAGUAAAGUGUCUUAUGUAUGCUUUAUGUAUUGAAUCAAGUCAAAGUUUUAAAAGGUCAUUUAUUUAUUUAUUUAUUUAUUUGUUUGUUUGUUUGUUUGUUUGUUUGUCUGCAAUUCCCACUAUUGUUACACAGAAUCUGACUAUCAAGAAUAGGCCACUGUCUGGCAUUAUAAAAGGAAAAAUGUAGGUAAAUCAGGGCAGUAUUAAAAUGCCCUCUUCUGGGGGUGUUUCUGAUAUGUAACAAUGAUUGAUUUAAUCCCCCAGUAAAAUUGGGGGAUUUAACCACCCCCCAACAAACUACAUUUUGCUCUAAAGCUCAAAUCGACUUCCUGUUAUCAGUUCUGUCUUGAAAUGCAGCAGUGAUGUUUACUUACGUGUUAGCUAUCACUAGCCACACUAAACAUGUAGUACUAUUCUCUGGUCUUUUACCAGGUGAUUCAAGAUGAAAAUAUGGUGUAUCUUAUGGUCUGGGAUGUAUGCAGAGAUGUAUGCCCGUUGACUGCCAUCCAGUAUUUAAAUCCAAAAAUGUCAUUACUAUUAUAAUGCUAUAAAUGUAAUGAAUGUUUUUGAUAUUGUUCUUUAGAGGGAUUUCAUUGUUUUAUACCCAUGAGGAAAAGGUAGGGCACAACCCUUUUAAAAGAAUACAAUCUUAACCAGUGUUCAAGGUCCAGGAUGAUAAGACCAGCUCCAACUGACGUAGAGCAAUCUUGCAUUACAACAGGGAGAGAUCUGAUUACAAUUAAUGGCAGGUACAGAGAGGCACUGCACAGUGUAGCAAAGAACAGAAGGGUUUUUUACCAGCUCUGGAAAAAAAUGACAAAGGACCUUACAGGAAUGCAGUGUUUGACUUGGGCCUGGCUGGUGUUAUGGAUUUUCCAGUUUCAGCUUCAUCCAGGGGCCUCUAUAAUCAUCUGGACCGCUAAUGUGGAGGUCAGCUACAUCAGCACUGGGACCAACCAAACUGUAAUAAAUACAUGUAAAUGUGGCAUUUAUGGUCUCGACUCACCCUUGCAACGGGCCUUUGGAUCCGUCGUGCUUCCCAGUCCCGAUCCACUGGCCUGCUUUUCGAAUAUUUCAUUCACUGUCACCCAGCAGCCUUGGAUAGCUCUCAUCAAAAGAGGGAACUGUAGCCAUGCUGAAAAAAUCCGAGCCGCCCAGGAAGAAGGAGCCUCGGCAGUAGUUAUCUACAAUGUUGAUGGGACUGGCAACGAGACAAGUACGAUGUCCCAUCCAGGAACUGGCAGUACAGUGGCCAUCAUGAUUGGUAAUGUCCUGGGAACAGAAAUUGCCAACCUGAUCAAGAGUGGAACAGAAGUCUACAUGGAUAUAAAAGUGGCUGGUCCACACGGGCCAGUCAGCCCUUUGUGGAUCUAUAUAAUGUCUUUCACCUUCUUUGCAAUAACAGUCAUUAUUCUGAGCUACUUCAUCGUCAUAGUCUUUAAGCGCCUAUACAGGAACCAGCAGCUUCGGAUCCAGCAGAGGGAACUUAAAAAAGUGGCUGAGAAAGCUAUUGCCAAGUUACAAGUUCGGACUCUGCGGCGAACUGAUCCGGAAAUUGAAGCAGAAGACUACAGCUGUGCUGUUUGUAUAGACUCCUUCAAGAGGGGCGAUGUUGUAACAAAUCUACCUUGCAGACAUGUCUUCCAUAAGACCUGCAUUGAACCAUGGCUAUUGGAACACCAUACCUGCCCCAUGUGUAAAUAUGAUAUUUUAAAAGGCGAGGUUGGGGUGGAAGCUGGCCAAGCGUCCUCCUUGCCACCAGCAGAUGUCAGGUUUUAUCCAAGCACUGUGACUGGGUCCCUGCCUGCCACAGCAGAUGCACUCACAUUACAUCAUACCGAUACCUGGCUAAGCUUAGACAUUCAGGCCCCUGAAGCUGCCAUUCAGGUGUCAGAUCCUAUUUAUGAAGACUUGGAUACCAGGAAAAAGGAACAUGUCUAUGAGAAUCCAACAUUUGAGCAGGAACAACAGUGCUCUGACCAUCAGGGCAUUAACUGUCAAACACAUCAAAUGUAGAUUUUAUUUGCACGAUGUUAAGUACCACUUAAGUCUUUGAGGUAUAAUCCGUGUAAGAAAAAAAGGUCUCUGUGUACACACAAUGUAUAUUGGACACAGAAAUUAGGAGUUCUUGCAACUAACAGAUUGAAAUAAUCAACUGUAACAGCAAUGAUGAUGUUCAUUUCAAAGACUUCCAAAAACAAAGAUUGGUAGAUUGUUAAAUGGGUUUGACAGCUUGCUUGAAACAAUACAUACUUCAAAGGUUUUUGAUUUUUUAUCUUGAGAUUUUCUGUUUCAUGACUGUGCUCAGUUUACUUUAUUUUUGUGUACUCAGUACUUUAUUGUUCAUAGGAUUGAUAGAUUCUAAGAAUCUAUGGAUGAUUGUGCAUAUUUAUGAAGUAUUGAAUCAAAUUCUGUGACAAUUUUCUUCACUCAGUAUGUAAAAGGGGCCAAAUAUUAAAUCAUAUAUUGUGUUAUUAUGCAUAUUAAAUAUUGCUACAUCAGUUGGCCUGUAACACUAUAAAAAUAAACAAUAAACACAUUUUAAAAAUAAUUUUGCACUUAUUUUUAAACAGAGGUCAACACAGUUCGCAUAAAUUGAAUGUUUAUUUCUCCCUUUGCAACACAGCUGUAAACCUAAGACCAAUCUCUUGAUAUGUCAAAAUAUUUAUUUAAAGCAGGUGACCUCUUAAUGAAAAUAUCUUCAGACAAGCCUGUGACCACAGGCCAUUCAUACUCACAUUUAUUCUCUUGCCAGCAGGUCUGUACUAAACAAGGGUAAUGUGAAUGGAGCACAAUAUAGAUUUAUUAAAUACAACAGCUACUGUGCACACCAGGUGAGCAGAUUUGUAUAAUCUACUGUGUUUUGUACACUGUUGAUUUUGGGGAGCAUGUCAUGUGUAGCAUUUUGUUUCCCUUGCAGUAGUUGGAAGCUAAUUAUAGUUCUGGAUAGGGGAUCUUUGAAGUAGACAAAGUCAGCAGAGGAGUUACAAGCUGGUAUGUGACUUAGAAAUGGUUGAGAAGACUUCUAAUUUUAACCCUUUAGACCAAUUGGCCCUUUCCUCAGAGCA